CUUCAAAUCAGGCUUGACAAGUGUUGGGGGAGUGUGUGUGUGUGUAUGUGUGUGAUGCUACAACCUCCUUAUAAAGGGACUCUCUCUCACAUUGUGGCUUGGAAACUAGAGCCUAAAAUUGAGGUCUACACACACAGACACACACACAUACACACACACUUACACAUUCACACACGCCAAGUCACCGAGAGCCGCCGGAUGAGCAUGGAGGAAAUGAUCUGCCGGGCCGAGACGCCUCUCUUCUGGGUCGGUGCGCUGACGGUGGCCUUCCUGACGCUGUGGCUCCUCUACCGGCUGCUCACUGGCUUCAGGAUCUGGGUCUUGGGGAACGGACAGCUGCUUUCCCCAAAGCUGGGCAAAUGGGCAGUUGUGACAGGAGCCACCGAUGGAAUUGGGAAAUCCUACGCCGAGGAGCUGGCUCGUCGAGGAUUUGCCAUGAUGCUGAUCAGUCGGUCACAGGACAAGCUGGAUGAUGUCGCCAAGUCAAUUGAGGAACAGUUUAAAGUGGAGACCAGGACGAUUGCUGUCGACUUUGGCAAAACUGAUAUCUACCGCAAGAUAGAGGCAGGGCUGACUGGUCUGGAAAUUGGUGUUUUAGUUAACAACGUUGGUGUUUCCUAUCCCUACCCUGAGUACUACCUUCACAUUCCUGAUCUUGAACACGUGAGUUGUCCAUCUGAGAAGGAUUUAGAUGAGAUCUCUGCUUUUCUUUCAAAUGAAACUGGUGUAACUGGUGAUGUCUGUGUUUCAGUUCAUCACAAAUACCAUCAAUGUCAACAUGACCUCCGUGUGCCAAUGUCUCGGUUGUUCCCAAAGCAACGGUGGACUACACCAACGCUGUCUAUGACUCGCCUUGUGCUGCCCAGAAUGGUCGAUAGGUCUAAAGGUGUUAUUCUCAACAUCUCAUCUGCCAGUGGCAUGUACCCCGUCCCUCUGCUGACAGUUUACUCUGCAACUAAGGCCUUUGUGGAUUUCUUCUCUCGUGGCCUUCAGGAGGAGUACAGACGUCAGGGCAUCAUCAUCCAGAGUGUGCUGCCCUUCUUUGUGGUCACCAAAAUGACUCGUAUCCGGAAGCCCACCCUGGAUAAGCCCACCCCAGAGCGUUACGUAGCAGCUGAACUCAACACGGUGGGUCUGCAGUCUCAGACAAAUGGCUACUUCCCCCACGCCAUCAUGGGCUGGGUGACCACCAGGCUGGUUCCAAGCAGCAUCGUUAUCUUCCUUGGAGCUCGGAUGAACCGCCUGCAGCGAACAGGAUACCUGCAGAGGAGGAAGCUGAGGGAACAGAAGAAUGGUGCAAGUUUGAAAAAUGAAUAAGAAGAUGACGGGACAGGCAGCCACUUCUUUUUCCAUCCAUUGCAGAGUUGAAGGAAGAUGGGAUGGCCAUGGUCGGUCAAGAGCUGCCUAUAAGCUAACCUUUUUGUGCCUCUCAGUUAAAAGAACACAAAAGACGUUGAAGUCCAGUUUCAACCCGCUGCCAAAGAAACGGCCACAGAAGUCUGAGUGAGAUGAACUGUUGCUCUUAGCAAACAUUAUUAUUAAUACAUGUUUUGUCACUGACACUCUUGGUGGGAAUAAUACAGCCAGACAAGUGAUGCUGCUGUUGUAAGCAGUGGAACGUGGUGAUGGGUAUCUUUUAUAUAUAAUUAUUUAUUGUGUAUUUGUAUGAAUACCAGCCAAACUUGGAUGUUGAGAACCAGCUUAGAACCUAGUUCUGUUUACAAAUCGGAUCUUUAGAGAAGGCAGCAGCUCAUCCUGACAUCUCACUUCCUCUUUUUUAAGUAUGAUUGCAGUUUAAAGUGUUGGAUUGUGGUGGGUUCUGGUUGUCUUGUUCUAAGCCAAAGUUGGUCUGACGUGUUUUCCUCGUAAUUAGUUUUGCCAGUUAGAUUCAGUGAUGGGGAAUUUGGUGGUUUUCCUUCUUUAUGACGUUUGAGUGAACUAUUUUCUUCCUCCUAAUCACGACGUUUGAGCUUCCCCAGUGCCUUCUGGGUAAUACAACACUUUUACAUGUGGAGUCAGAACUUAUGUAUUUAGAAUCUAAAUGCAUGACCACACUUACACAAGGAAGAUUAGUUCACAUGUCGCCAAACUCUGUAUUUGUUUUAAAGGUAACUCUUUACAUAGUUAGCUUCUAUACAGUACCCCAUAUGAUGUGGUCUGACGUGUCAACUGAAUAGGUUUUUUGUGUGUGUAUUUUUUCUAGUCUUUUAUAUGCUUGGAAAUAAAAAGAAAUAGUGAAAUGCACUGUUUACAUUUAUUCUGCCAACAGUAACUUAUCUUUUUCUACUGUUUAAUAAAAAGCUGUGGCAGAA